AGCUGAUAAAAAGGUCACGGGAGCGGUGCAUGCUGGGAAAACACGUGUAGCGGAAGAGUAGGGAGGUGACGCGCACAGUUUGCCACCAUGUCGUCCAAUAAGAAGAUGGGGGGCGAUGAGCGCUUUCUCCGGGUGCAGAAGGACCCCAGAUUCUGGGAGAUGCCCGAGAGGGAACGCAAGGUCAAGAUCGACAAGCGUUUCCAGUCCAUGUUUCACGACAAGCGCUUCAAGGAGAAAUACACUGUGGACAAACGAGGCCGACCCAUCAACCAAACCUCGACGGAGGACCUGAAGCGCUUCUACAACGUCUCCAGCUCAGAAGACGAUGAGGAGGAUGUGGAGAGCCAGAAGAAGAAAAAAGUGAAGGCGAAGAUGGUGAAGGCGGAUCCAGAGGUGAAGAAAGGAAAAGCAGUGCAGAGCAGAGCCGUUAAAGCCAAAGGACCGCCGCGUGAACAAGUGGUCAGAGUCAUAGAGGCGGACGAUGAAGAGGAAGAGGAGCAGCAAACUGCAAAGAAGGGAGAUGUUGACCUGGGAGACAGUUUCUCAGACGGCAGUGAGGAGGAGGAUGAUGAUGAUGAGGACGGCAGUGAGGAGGAGGAUGAUGACGACGACAGUGAUGAUGAGGAAGAGGAGGAAGAGGGGAGUGAUGUGGCGAGCGGAUCCGACGAGGAGGAGUCCGGUCUGGAUUCAGACAGCGACAGCGAGCCGGAUCACGCCAGAGGGAAAGGAAACGUAGAGACCAGCUCAGAUGAAGAUGACGAAUACGAUGUGGACGCCAUCCUGAAGAAAGAGGAAGAGGAGAUCGAACACGACUGGGGCGAGCUCGCUAAAGACGCUUCACGGGCCGACGAGGUUUCUGCUCGGCUGGGCGUCUGCAACAUGGACUGGGACCGGAUAAAAGCCAAAGACCUGCUGGCUCUGUUCAACUCCUUCCUCCCUAAAGGAGGCGCCGUGCUCUCUGUCAAGAUCUACCCGUCAGAGUUCGGGAAGCAGCGUCUUAAGGCAGAGGAGACUCAGGGGCCGCUGGAGCUCAAAGCUCUGCCCGACGACUCGGAGGACGACAACGAGGAGGAGAGAGGUUACAGAGAGAAGAUGCGUGACUACCAGUUCAAGCGGCUGAAGUAUUUCUACGCUGUGGUGGAGUGCGAUUCCACCGACACCGCUGCCAAAAUCUACGAGGAGUGCGACGGCUACGAGUACGAGAGCAGCUGCUCUGUGCUGGACCUGCGGUUUAUUCCUGAGGAUGUAGCGUUUGAUGACGAGCCUAAAGACGUGGCGACCGAUGUGAACCUCACAGUGUACACACCCAAGAUCUUCACCUCCUCCGCCAACGCAACGUCGAAGGUGCAGCUGACCUGGGACGAGACGGACAACGAGCGAGUGACGGCUCUGAACAGGAAAUUCAACAAAGACGAGCUGCUGGUCAUGGACUUUAAAGCCUACCUGGUCUCCUCCAGUGAGGAAGAGGGAGAGGGAGAAGUGGGAGCGUUUGUGUUCGGAGAGCAGGAGAGUGGAGACGAGGAGACAGCAGCAGAGGUUACAGUUAAGAACACAAAAGAGCCCGUCGUGGAGAAGAAACCCGAGAAGGAGGCAGAGAAAGGGAAGAAGAAGCUGAAGAAAAGCGAGGAGCAGAUCUCAAAGUACCGAGAGCUGCUGAAAGGAAUCCAGGAGAAAGAGAAGAAGCUGCACGAGGAGAAGGACAUGGGGAUGGAGAUCACCUGGGUGCCAGGGCUGAAGGAGACGACGGAACAGCUGGUGAAGAAGAAGCUGGAGGGUAAAGACAACCUGACACCGUGGGAGGACUUCCUGGAGAAGAAGAAGGAGAAGAAGAAGAAGCAGAAGAAAUCUAAAAACAAGGAGGUCAAGGGCGAGGAUGAGGAGGCUCUCAGCGACGACGAGCUUCCUCCAGAUGUGGAUUUCAACGACCCGUUCUUCGCCGAGGAGCUCAACGCUGCAGACAUGCAGAAGACACAGAAGGGGAAGAAGAAGAAGAAGAAGGAAGAGGAGCGCACACCCGAGGAGGAAGAGGAGCUGGAGAAACAAAAGGCGGAGAUGGCGCUGCUGAUGGAGGAUGACGACGACGACGAGGCCAAACACAAACACUUCAACUACGACAAGAUCGUGGAGCAGCAGAACCUGAGCAAGCAGAAGAGGAAGAAGCUGCUGAAGAAGGGCGACGAGAAGCUGGAGGGAGACGAGUUCCAGGUGGAUGUUAAAGACCCCCGUUUCCAGGCCAUGUUCACCUCCCACCUGUUCAACCUGGACCCCUCCAACCCCAACUACAAGAAGACCAAAGCCACGCAGAGCAUCCAGGUGGAGAAGCAGCGCCGCCGGGAGGAGGAGCAGCGCCGCGUCGAGGAGGAACUCGGCGCUCCGAGCAGCACGAACGCACACAGAGACAACGCCUCCGGGAGCAAGCGGAAAAAUGAAAAUGACUCUGAGGGUGUUGAGAGCACCUCGAAGAAACCGAUAGACCCCAGUCUGUCUCUGCUCAUCAAGUCGAUUAAGCGCAAAACAGAGGAGUUUCAGGCCCGGAAGAAACAGAAGUUCAUGUAGGGUUGACUCGAGGAAAUGGAGUCUGGUUCUCCGACAGUGACUGAUGUGUUUUUGUAUGUUGUGUGUGCGCAGAGAAAGGAGACGAGGAACUGUGCAAACAUUUGGUAAAGACUGAAUCCUGAUACAAAAGAUCCUUGGAAUUGUUUAUUUUAACACGUAGAAAAUCAGUGUUUAGAAGACAUUUACAAAAGUGGUACAGAUAUUUAUAAGAAUCACUUCGGAUCGGACAGUAAGCAAGAAGAGCAGUAAUUUGAUUGGUCCUUUGAUCUGACGAAGAGAAUUAGUUCUAACACCCUCAAACUGAAAUUUAACCACAAUAAAACCCUGUCUUUAUUUCA